CACCUCCUCGUUCUUAAACAUCACCGAAACAUGAAAAAUAUGUAACGAACAUCGUGCAAUAAGAAAAAUACAUAAUAAAAAUACCGAAAGAAAAGGAUUAAACAUCUGGUGAACUGGAACAUGCCCGGACCGGUUUGUGGUAGCAAAAUUACUUCCUUUAAUAAAAAAAGUUUAUUGAGGGAGUAUGUACAUGAGAGGAAUUAAUAUGUUUGAUAAAUUGAAACACCUCGAUUCGGGCUAAAUAAAUUUUAUGUGGCUCUGUUUAUUGUGAACUUUUCUUUUUUAAUAAAAUGUUAGCUGCAUCAAGAUGACAAGCGAUAAAAAACUUUUUCUGGGCUAAUUAAUAUUCGCAAUGCCAGGGGGCAGGAGGGGGCUUGUAGCACCCCAAAACACCUUUUUGGAGAACAUUAUUAGGAGAUCUAACCAGCAGCCGGAUAGUAGUUUUCUGCUGGCAAACGCACAAAUAGUGGAUUAUCCUAUUGUCUACUGCAACGAAUCCUUUUGCAAGAUUUCAGGCUACAAUCGAGCAGAAGUAAUGCAAAAAUCCUGCCGAUGUUCAUUUAUGUUCGGGGAACUAACCGACAAAGAGACCAUCAACAGAAUCGAUGUGUGCUUAGAAAGUCAACUCUGUGAUCAAUUCGAAAUUUUAUUGUACAAGAAAAACAAUGAGGUCAACAGACAAGAUGUCAAAGGAAAAUUAAAUCCGAUCAGUGAAACAUCUUUGAUGCUUAAAGAAACACCAUUAUGGCUAUUGCUACAAAUAUCACCUAUCAAGAACGAAAGGGAUAUUGUAGUGCUAUUCCUUUUAACGUUUCGGGAUAUAACUGCACUAAAACAACCAAUAGAGACGGACGACGCAAAAGGAGGAUUAUCAAAAUUCGCAAAACUGGCACGUUCAGUGACGAGAAGUCGAUCCGUCUUGGUGUCCCAGUUUUCAUCCCAUCUGCCCAAUCUCAAGGAUACCACAAAGCAAUCUCAUUUAGCUCAACAGAUGAUGAGUUUAAGUGCCGAUAUAAUGCCUCAAUAUCGACAGGAGGCUCCGAAAACACCCCCUCACAUUCUUCUGCACUACUGCGCCUUCAAAGCAAUAUGGGACUGGAUUAUUUUGUGCUUGACUUUUUAUACGGCCAUCAUGGUCCCUUAUAACGUCGCGUUCAAGAAUAAAACGUCGGAAGACGUGUCGCUUUUGGUUGUGGACUCGAUUGUUGACGUGAUAUUUUUUAUAGAUAUUGUUCUUAAUUUCCACACCACCUUCGUAGGGCCUGGUGGUGAAGUUGUAUCUGAUCCAAAGGUCAUCAGGAUGAAUUACCUGAGGAGCUGGUUUGUCAUCGAUCUAUUAAGCUGUCUACCCUACGACGUGUUCAACGCAUUCGAUCAUGACGAAGACGGCAUAGGGAGUUUGUUCAGCGCCUUGAAAGUGGUUCGGUUGCUAAGAUUGGGAAGGGUAGUCCGAAAAUUGGACCGAUACCUAGAAUACGGAGCAGCAAUGUUGAUCCUGCUGCUUUGCUUUUACAUGCUAGUGGCACAUUGGUUGGCUUGUAUUUGGUAUUCAAUCGGACGCUCGGAUGCCGAUAAUGGGGUUCAGUACAGUUGGCUUUGGAAAUUGGCCAAUGUCACUCAGAGUCCAUACUCAUACGUGUGGCCUAACGACUCUAGCAGUCCGGUUCUCAUUAAUGGACCAGAAAGGAAAACUAUGUACGUCACCGCCCUUUAUUUUACCAUGACGUGCAUGACGUCAGUAGGCUUUGGAAAUGUGGCUGCCGAGACUGAUAAUGAAAGAAUAUUUACAAUUUGUAUGAUGAUUAUCGCAGCUCUUCUAUACGCAACAAUUUUCGGACACGUCACUACCAUUAUUCAACAAAUGACGAGCGCGACAGCGAAGUACCACGACAUGUUAAACAACGUCCGAGAAUUUAUGAAAUUGCAUGAAGUUCCAAAGGCUUUGUCGGAACGAGUUAUGGAUUAUGUAGUUUCAACGUGGGCGAUGACCAAAGGGUUAGAUCAGGACAAGGUGCUAAACUUCUGCCCGAAGGAUAUGAAAGCUGAUAUAUGUGUUCAUUUAAAUAGAAAAGUUUUUAAUGAACAUCCAGCCUUUCGCUUGGCCUCCGAUGGUUGUUUAAGAGCUUUAGCCAUGCAUUUCACCAUGUCUCAUUCAGCUCCUGGUGACUUGCUAUAUCACACAGGAGAAUCCAUCGAUUCUCUGUGUUUCAUUGUAACAGGAUCGCUAGAAGUUAUACAGGACGACGAAGUAGUAGCAAUUUUAGGAAAAGGUGACGUUUUUGGAGAUUCCUUUUGGAAGGAUAACGCGGUGGGACAAUCGGCAGCAAAUGUUCGCGCUCUAACUUAUUGUGAUCUACAUAUGAUUAAAAGAGACAAAUUGUUAGAAGUGUUAGAUUUUUAUCAGGCUUUCGCAAACAGUUUUGCUAGGAAUUUAGUUUUAACAUACAACCUUAGACAUCGCCUUAUAUUCAGAAAAGUAGCAGAUGUGAAACGAGAGAAAGAGUUGGCCGAAAGGCGCAAAAAUGAACCGCAACUGGAUCAAAACCAAGAUCAUCUCGUUAGAAAAAUAUUUUCGAAAUUUAGGAGGGAUCGCUCUCAGCACACCUCACCAGCUACACAGCCUUCACCGGAUGUCGAAAAGGGAGAAGAUUCUAGUGAUAAACCGAUAGUUCGAGUAACGUCGGCAACGAAACUUUCCUCGGUUGCUGAAAAAGACGAUUCAAGUAACAACGGUGUUACAACAAAGGUGACAAGAGUAGGACCAAAUAGGACCAGCAAAUGGGGGAGGCUUCUGGGUUCCUCCAGUCUAGACUCGGCAUCAGAAUUGUCCGCUCAGCAGCAAACCUUUACACGCAGCCUAAGUGCAAGAGACACGUCUAAAGACCGACCUAGUUCUUCAUCUUCGGGUAACUCAGGAGGAUCAGGGAAUAAGGUAUUUCCUAAGUUACAAAAGGUUUCCACAACUGCUACUCCCAGCAUGAUGAGACAGGAUACCAUUGACGAAAUUGUCGAAUUAGGUACCCCAAGGAUCCGAAAUCUUAGCCUACGAAAGAUGGAUAGCUACGACGGUGGCCUAAGGGAACCACUACCCGCUCAGUCUUACCAACACCCCGUCCAAGACUUUAUCGCUACGCAAGAGUACAGAGAAUUGAUGACGAACCUUAUGGAUUUCAAGGUGGAUGUCAAAUUAGAGAUUCAAAGGCUAAACCAAAGGAUGGGAAAGAUGGAGGAGACUCUUCAGGAAAUCUUGAAGAGGUUAUCGUCGGAUAGCGGUUCAAGUUCACAAUCGCCUCAGGGUGACGGAGAACCAACUGUUCGAAAGUCUUCCAACAGCAGUAACUUUGAAAGGCCAACCGAACUAAUACCGAAACCUGCAAGUAACAUGGAAAGCACCGGUCUGGGACCGCUCAUUCUGAAGAAACGAAGAUCGAAAACCAGAAGCAAAGGUGCAGCACCGCAAGUUCCGACGCCCACUAGCAAAUUAACUUCGCCCGAAAGUUCGGCCACCAGUCCCACAGAAAACACUAAAAUGUUGGAAGAAGUUGCACAAACGCCGUCCUAUAAAAAAACGAAAGAUUUUGUUUAACGUCUAAACAGAAAGACGAUUAUCAAUAAGAAAUCAAUUGUAAAUUUUAAGUAGCUCAAAACUCGAUACAAAAUCUAUGUCAUAGUGACAAAGCUGGCAGUCUAUUCAUUUUCCUAUAGGUACUUUUGCACAUCACUAUUGAUGCCCACCCUCCUCAUGUGACAUGUUCAUAAGAGCGAUAUCAAAAGAGUGAUAACAAAAACGACAUGUAAAUGCCAAGUACAUUCAAAUUUUAAAGAUGAUCAAAAGAGUAGUUAUUACAAAAACAAUUAGCAAAAAGCAGAUUUGCACUAUUGAUAAGUAUCCAUCCAUUCGUUGUUGCAAAUGACAAUAGCUGACUUCUAAGUUUCGCCUUUUUCUACUUCUAACAAUAAAUAAUUAUCUUACCCCUGUUGGUUUCCUGACUUAGGAUUCUAUAGAUGUUAUCUAUUGUCGACGUUUCGUCUUUGAUCAUAUAGGAUAUUUACAAGAUUCUCUGAUGUUAAUAUAUAAUCUGAAAGAGUUCUUCAUAAUUAGAUCAUCCUUAAGAUCAAGGAUGAAGGAUCGGAAUCAUCAUCACCAUCGUAGGAUUGUCAGACCUAAGAUUAGUUAAGCAUGCAUCUCCACUUUUUCUAAUCCUAAUCUUCUCAUUUCCCUAAAACUAGAACA